AAUAAACAAUUCCGUCAGCCCCGACUACGCAUUCAUUGAGUGCGGUGCUCCCGAAUGAACCCACUCAUUAGAGUUGUAACGUUAACAUAUUUUUUGUAGUUGUAUGUUUAGUGAACGUACGUAUGUGGACUCACAUUGUUUUCCGAAGACUUGCCGAAGGAAGGAUUCCCCUGUGUCCACAGACCUCGCGCCUUUUCCACUGUAACGUUACUGUUACGGUCCAUGUUCAUUUAGCGGAACCAGCGGCUGUGUGUGAGAUCAGCGGGGCAAAAAGACGACGCAGGGCGACCCCAGACCCCCCCCCCCCCCCCGCCCCCGAGGGCACAGCGGCAUCCUUGGCAUGGCAGGGUCCAGUUCUAAAUCUGUUCUAAAGCCCCUGCCAGCGUCUGCUCCCCACACAGGGGCGGCCUGCUGACCUACACCACGGCCUGCCCCCCUCCUGCCUGGCUGACCUACACCACGGCCUUUGCCACGCUGGGCGCUAGUGAUCUGAAAAGCAUCUGAGCAGGAGAGAAGAAAAAAAAAAGAAGCUGAGCAGCUGUCGACGGCCGACCCAGUGAGCUCAGCUGGCUUCAUGUGCAGAGGUUAAUGUCAUCGCCACUCCCAGGGCCACUCGGGUCACUCCCGAGGCCACUCCUUUCCUGGUAGUCACGAAUCAUCAUCACACCACAGGGGGGCGCUGCUGCUGUUGAACAUGACUCAUGGGGAGGACGCUGGCCCUGAGACACACCAGGAUUCAGCCGUUCUGACCUAUCUGGAAGGAUUACUAAUGCAUCCUGUGGCCACUGGGCCCGGCGCCACGGCAACCAGGAGAUCGGACGCUGACCGCAACGGCGAUGAGGAACGACGGAACCACGUAGCGGCGGCGGCAGCUCAAGGCCCGACGCUGGCCAAUCACGGCCCUGCGGUGAGAGAGAAGGCCAGCCCCCCAGGAGGAGGAGCCAGUCAGCAUCUCAAGAAGGCCAGCCCCCCAGGAGGAGGAGCCAGUCAGCAUCUCAAGAAGGCCAGCCCCCCAGGAGGAGGAGCCAGUCAGCAUCUCAAGAAGGCCAGCCCCCCAGGAGGAGGAGCCAGUCAGCAUCUCAAGAAGGCCAGGCUCCUACGGUCAGGGGCCUGGCAGGAGGCAGAGGACAACUGGAGGAAGGCCCCAUCAUCGGCAAGCCUGAACGGGCAUCUGGGAGGGGGACAGCAGCAGCAAAGGUCUGGGCAGGAUGGGCCUCCACUGGGGGAGAGCACGCUGCUCGCCUCCCUCCUGACCACCUUCAGCUCUAGGCUGCAGGGCGUGGCCAUGGCCCAGCAGCCGGAAGCACAGAACGGUGGUGGCAAGUCCCCGGACGCAUCGCGGCACGAUGCCUUUGAAGCCUACGGCACGGCCUCCAACCGCCUCAAGGGCCUGGUGAGGAAGAGUAAGAGCCAAAGCCACGAGAGUUAUGACAGCCGGCGAGCCAGCCAGGAGCGCCUCUCAGAGUCGCCCCGCUCCAACGUGAGUGCCGCGGCACAGCUCAGCCCUUCCAACUCUGCCGUGUCCUGCGCCGAGCGACUGAAGGCCGUGGCGAACCUGGUGAAAACGCGAUCGAGCCCCGCCCCCUCGCCGCGACCCAGCAUGGCCUGCAGCCAGCUGGCUCUGCUCCUUUCCAGCGAGGCCCACCUGAAGCAGUACUCCAGGGAGCAGGUCCUCAAAGCACAACUGGCAGGACAGUCGGCCAGCGAGAGACUGGCAGCCAUCGCCUCGCAGAAAUCCUCACAGGACAGGAAGCCGGCGAGCAUUGGAGAGACCCGGAUGGUCUCGGAGGCUGAGAGCUCUAUGAACAGCCAGAGCAGAACCUCUCCCCUUGCGUCGGCAAGCUCAACUAAGGGCAGCCCUGCUCCAAGCUUGGCACUCAGCAGCAGCAGCAGCAACAGCAGUGUGGUCUCACCUCACGCCAGCUCACAGCCCCAGAGGGACAGGAGCAGCUCCAGACCCCCACAGAACUGCAGCAGCCUCCUGCUGCUCCUUCUCAACAACCACAACUCCCACAAGCAGCUCACCAGGAGCGGGCACCUGGAGGAGCAGCAGGAGGAGCGUGAGGAGGAGCGCAUCCCGCCCAGCCGGACGCCCUCUCUCCUGCUGGACCACCGGAUUCAAUCGGACCAGUACCGCAGCCCGACCAAAUCCAGCAGCGAUGUGGAGAGCUACUACUCCAGCUGCUCUCCCAUCGACCUGUCCAUGCACACCAGAGCGCCCAGCCACGAACCAGCCCCCCCCUGCACCUCCUCCUCCUCCUCCUCGCCCUCUUGCCCGCUGGAUAAGCUCACAGAGACUCUGUUAAACAGGUGGAAGCCAGACACUCCGGGACCAAAGGUCUCUGCGGCCGGGGAACGGGAUGUCAGCCCAGACACCCAAUCCCAUCAUAAGGUCACUCUCAUGCAGUUACUGUUGGGCCGCCAAAACAACGAGAAGGUAAACAAAACCCUCAACAUCCUGCCCACAGACCCACUUAAACUGAUUGGCAGCACGUAUGAGGAGAGCCUCAGACAAAGCCCUGCUGACUGCCGCAUUGGUGUUGGUCGCGCCAUGACCAGAUCCUCCCUGAACGAAGACGCAAGUGGCAGUCAGUCUCCGUACGCUUUCUCCUCCCCCCAAGUCCAGUCCAGUCCUCUGGAUCUGUGUAAAGCCAAUAACAGCUCCAGUGAAAAGGCCACCGGUUUCAGCGCCAGUAAACUGCUGCAGAACUUGGCACAGUGUGGUCUAACAAACAGCUCCCCCUCUCCACCACCACUGAUCCGGAGGCCCACCAAGCUUCCGAGUCCUAGCCUGGUGCCCACCAAGCGUCCAAGUCCUAGCCUGGUGCCCAGUAAGCCCUCUGCUUUACUGGAGUGUCUGAGCCCUCCUCCGGCACAGAGGAACGGCAGUCCGGUAGUAGAGCCGCCUCCGCGCUGCAGUUUCACGCCGCACAGACGAGAGUCGCCUGCAUCGCCAGCAGCGUCACAGAUCGAGAGUCUGCUCGAGAGGCGGACGGUGCUGCAGCUGUUGUUGGGCUCGGCGUCUCACGCGGAGCAACCCAGCGGCAGGAGAAGCACAGAGGACCAGCCGAGCUUUCGCUCCCCCGAUGUCCGUGACGGCUUGCACGGGCCCUCGAUGGAUAUCAAGAUCAAAACAGAGCCCAAAGAAGAUAGCCCGUUUCCAAACCCCUUCCAUAGUGACACUGGGCUCCAACACUGGGCCCAUGGACGCCACGAGAGACACAGGCCCCUCUUUGAGCAUCAGGGCGACUUUAAAUCUGAGCCGUGUCCCGACGAUAUUGUCUCUAAAUACGGCCUCCUCAGUCAGCUCUUGAAACAGCAGACCAGCACCUACAACCCUGGCGCGCCCUCGGACUAUGACCCCAGAGCGCUGACCAGCACCUACAACCCUGGUACGCCCGCGGACUACGACCCCAGAGCACUGAAGCAGGAACAGCAGGAUCAUCGUGGGGGCCCCAGCCCUAAGAGAAGGAGACUCUGUAUGGAAUUGGCGGAGCAGCUGACCAGCGAGCUCAGCUCGGGCCCGGUGGACUCCUACGUGGGACUCGGUGGCAAGCUGCUGCUGAGUCCAGAGCAGGAGGAAUCCCCAGCGAGGAGUCCCGUCAGCAAGGUGCUUCCACGAGACCACCAGGGCUUCAACGUGCUCAAACAGCUCUUGCUGUCAGACAACUGUCUGAAGGGCUUGUCUCAGGGCAGUGGGCUGUCCAGCCCCAGUGAAACGCACACCAAGGUCAACGGGAGCCUCCCUCCACACCAGCUACACUUCAACCACAAACUCUCUCAGUUGCCAUGGCAGCGUGCAUCUCCGAGCCCCAGGUCCGCCGGCAGCGCUGCCCACUGGCCGACGAACGGCAGCAACGGCUUUCACGAGUCGCCGAGGAACAAUGCUGCCGCCCAGACAACAACAACAUUAACAAGAACAACAACAACAACAAGAAGCCCUGGGUCUGUGAAGCAGGAGUGCCAGAGCCCAGCUGGGGAAAGGCAGGCGGAGGGGCGGGAGGAGGGUUGUGGCUCCGGCCCCGACUCUCCUCGACUGACCAGAGCUAACCCCAUCCUCUACUACAUGCUCCAGCGGGGCAAAGGGCAGGUGAGGAGGGCGAGCGGGGAUCAGGGGCAGGUGAUGGCGCACUGUGAGAUUAACAUCAAAGAGGAGCCAGCAACAGAUGAGGACCCCAGCCAGUACGACCACAGACUGAGCUCUCUGCAGUAGCAGUCAGAUCCACGCGCUUGCAAACCCGCUGAAGAGCUGGACCCCGGACACGGGGCACAUGAGAGGGUCACUGCUCUAUUAGUUCACUCCUAGUUUCUUUUUCUCUUUGUUUCUCUCCCUCUCUGUUCUUCUUUUGAUUUACUGGAUCCAAAGUUUCAUUAUAUGACCAAUACAGCCAAAUCCAAACCUUUUCAAUUCAAAACGAAUAUUUUGUAUCUCAUUGUUAUAGAUUUUGCAAUUUUAUGAUCGUCUAAAUGGGGAGGUACCAAAUUAUAUUUGUUACUGUUAUUAUUAUUAGUUAAUUUCAUGAUCGUCUAAAUGAGUAGGUACCAAAUUAUAUUUGUUAUUGUUAUUAUUAUUAGUUGAGCCGGUGACCUCAAUUGUGUAUCCUGAAAUAUUUUCUUGUUGCAUUUCAUUUCUCUUCCUCAUAUUCUGUGAACUAUGGAAAAGGGCAAAAAUAUUUGACAUGAAAAACGAAACUUUUUCUGAACUAAACUAUUUCUAUAACAUCCACUUUCUUAUUGGUUUAGAUCCCAAUCAGGGCAUUCCACCUUUUUACAAGUAAGGGAAAUCUAAACAAUAUUGCAAUGUGAAGCACAACACAACAAACAAACAAACAAACAAACAUGUGAGGCAUUAGUGUCAUUCAUCCCCAGGGCAGAAAAGAUAACAAUAUAUUUACAUUAUAUUUAACAAUAACAAUAUAUUUACAUUGUUUUAUACAGAAUCAGGCCCGUGAUCUCAGUUUUAUCAAUUCAAGUAUUUAUUUAUUUCCAACACCUUUGAAGAUCCCCACAUGACUCCUAUUUUCCAACAAAUUAUUCAGUAGAGGACUCCAUGUUUGCAUGUGAUGACAGUUUGACCUGCAAUUGCAGAGUAACUGUGUGGAGGAGGUCAGUUUCAACCAUUUCUGUAUCAUGAAUACAUCAAAGACGUAUGGAGUUCUUGAGCAGUUUUUUUUUAAAAGAAGGAAAAAGAAACAGUAGUUGUUUUGUACUUUGUUUAAAAUAUGAAGCAGCUUGAAUGCGUUGAGCUUUUGUAUACUGUACACACUCACUCAGAUAGCGUAACUUCAGAGGGCCAGGUUUGGCAUUACGCAUCAGCUGAGUUCCCUCGGCCCAUCAAACGCCUCAAGUUAAAUGUCAUUUGUCCUUGAAUGAUGGUGACCUUGGGCUCUGCUACUGUUAUGGCAUACCUGCUGUAAGCUUUCUUAAGGUAUUAAGUCAAUCAUUUUUGGUCAAUUUGUUGGUUCAUUGGUUGGUUCGUUGUGUGUCUCUGUGCGUGUGUGCAUGCGUGUGUGUGUGUGUGUGUGUGUGUGUGUGUGUGUGGUUGUGUGCAUGUGGUGUUUGUUGGCGUGUGAGUCCCUGUGUGCAUGUAUGUAUACUGUAUACGAGUUUGUGCACAUUAAACCCAUCCAGGUAUGUUCAUGCAGUCUUAAGGUGAUCUUUUGAAAUGUACAGAAAAAAAGGUACAUACAACUCCAUAUGUCUUUAAACCAUUGAACAUGUUUUAACAAAUAUUCUGUAAAUAGUUUCAUUAUGAAAGACAAUUAUUUUGUAUGGUUCAAAAGUAAAAAAAAAAAAAUAUAUUGCCCUAGUUUUUAAAUGCCCUAUGAUGUACAGGAAACGUAUUCUGUUCAAUAUGUACAUAUCAUGGUGGAGAAUGGCUGUUUUUUGUUCAAUAUGUACAUAUCAUGGUGGAGAAUGGCUGUUUUUUGUUCAAUAUGUACAUAUCUUGGUGGAGAAUGGCUGUUUUUUGUUCAAUAUGUACAUAUCAUGGUGGAGGAUGGCUGUUUUUUGCAUGUGUCUCUAUAUUGUUAGCUGAUGAAAAUCUUUAUUCUGCAACCUGUGGUGAUAAGUCCAAUUGCUAUACACUGCUGCCUACUGCAUGUUUCUGCAUGGAAGGGAUCUGUGUAUCAACACUGGGAUGGGGUACUGCUGGGUCUUGAAAUCAAAUAAAUGUUUUAUCCUGGGCAGGUUGUUAUUUCAAACAGCUACGGUCUGUUUGAUACAAUCAUUGACUUUCAAAUGACUAUGUGACUUUAUCAUUAUAUGUGUUUGUGUGUGAGAGAGAGAAAGAGAGAGUGCGUGUGUGUGCACGUGUGUGCACGUACAUGUGUGUGUGUGUUUCAAAGUGGAGCUCUGUUACUUUAACAUUUGUUUCAAACGAGCCACUAUUCAGUCUGAAUUAUGGUGGCCUGCACUGUGCAUUAAAGACUUUUUUUAGUUUGCAAAUAACAUUUCAAUUUCAAUGAGACAACCAGAAAUACUGUUUCUUUUUUUUUAAUGUCAUUUUGGGUGUUUAUUUGCACUGACAACCUAAAUAAAGAAAUAAAAUGGAUA